GUGGCGCCCGGUGCUCCCGCCCCGCUCCCGGGCAUGGAGCGGCGGCGCGCGCCCGCCGCGCCCCCCCGGUACGGGCGGCGCCGGUUCUGGGACGCGCUGUACCGGCGGGAGGGCGCCGAGACCCGCGAGUGGCUGGGGGGGCUCUCCCGGUUUCUCCCGCAGCUGGAGCCCGAGCUGCGCCCCGGUGACCGCAUCCUCGUCCUCGGCUGCGGCAACAGCGCCCUGAGCCACGACCUGCACGAGCUGGGCUACACCGACGUCACCAGCAUCGACUUCUCGCCCGCCUGCAUCGCGGCCAUGCGCGCCCGCUACGCCGGCUGCCCCGGCCUGCGCUGGGCCGUCAUGGACAUCCGCGCCCUCGCCUUCCCCGACGCCUCCUUCGACGUGGUGCUGGAGAAGGGCACCCUCGACGUGCUGAUGGUGGAGGAAACUGACCCCUGGGACGUCUCGCCCCAGGCAGCUGCUGCGAUGCGCCGGGUGCUGGCAGAGGUGAGCCGGGUGCUGCGCCCAGGGGGCUGCUUCAUCUCCAUCACCUUCGCCCAGCCCCACUUCCGCAAGCCCCACUAUGCCCAGGAGGCCUUCGGCUGGUCCCUGCGCCACGCUGCCUGUGGGGACGGGGACGCCGGUGCCUUCCACUACUUCCUCUACGUCAUGCGCAAGGGGCAGCCCCUGGACCCCCGGGACGCGGCCCUGGGGCGCCGGCUGCACCAGCCCCCCCCGCCCCCCGCCCCGCCGCCGCCCCCCGCCCCCCCGGACGACGACGAGGACUAUCUCCUUGCCAUCCAGCUGUGACCAGGGGGCUUUCCCAACCUCCCCCCACCCAACAAAGCCUUAAGAUGCUCCGUCCUCACAGGUGGGAGACAGGGAACCGGUGCAUCCCCCUGCAAGGUGCCCAGUGAUGUGGGUAAUGGGAGGGAAGAGGGGGAUACUUGGCUUCCUCCGGGGGGCACAGGGAUGCUCUGGUGAUUCUGUGCCCCCUCCCUGGCCUUUCCUUGCUGAGCUGGAGAGCAGCCAGGACUCCAGGCUUUGCAGCCAGUAAUGAAACCAAAUCGGGUUUAAUUUCACCCAUCCAUCUUGCAGGGAGUGGCUCCCUGUCCCCCAUCCCUUCCCCUUGGCACGGACAGCUGGGCUGAGGGCACAAUGGGGGUGCUGGCACUGGGUAUGGGGGCAGGAUUGGGGGUGCCCACUGCACCAGGACCCCUGCCCCAGCUUCCCUGGACAUGGGGGUGUGCAAGGGCACCGUGUCCUUGUCCCUGUCACCCCCCAAGUAGUGGGGGGUCCAGGCUGGAAUGUGCCAGCGUGGGGCAGGCGGUGCCACAGGGCAGGAAGGGCAGCACAUCUGCUUCUUUCCCCAUCCAUCCCCACUCCUGCCUGUGGUGACACGCCUGGCCUGUGUCCCCCCGUGCCUGGGGCCAGCAGCACAGUGACAUGUGGGUGACGGGUGGGCCACCGCGUGCUGCUGGGACUGGCUGCGCGUGUGUGCUGCUGUGGCAGGUGCGUGGGUGCCACUGGCAGUGUCCCCAGAGGCUCUUUGGGCACCAACUCCCCCUGGCGUGGGCAAAAGGGACCCCUCCUGGGUGGGCUGGCGGUGACACCACAGAGGCACAAGCUGCUGGGCUGCUAUUUCAGGCAGGAGGUGUAAGUGGGUCAGCCAGUGGCUCCCCCUGCACCAGGAGCCAGCGAAGGGCUCUGGGGUCAGCCCCAUCCUGGCCAUGCCACCCCAUCCCACAGGCACCCCAAAAACCAGCUGGCGCGAGGAAGGGACAGAAAGGAGCAGGCAGCUGCCGGCUUCACCUGGGUACAUGAAUGUAUUUUAUUCAUUGCAUUUUGUUCACCAGUACAGUGAAAAAUGGCAUUUAAAUUUACAAUGGAUCAUUCGUAGAACAUCAUGACACAAGUAUCUUUUUUUUUCUUUUUUUUUUCUUUUUUUCCUCAGUUUUUUGUUUGUUUUUUUUUUUUGUUUUCUUUUUUUGUUGUGGUUUUUUUUUUUUUUUUGCGUCGUUGUCUCCAUAAAUGCCACUCGUAGGUUAUUGAAAAAGAUGACAAGUUUCUCAUGCACAUCAGAACCCCCCGAGAAGCUUCUUAAAAAAUAAAAUUAAAUUAAAGUACAAAAUUAAAAACAACGACUCAGGCCGGUCCCUGCCCUCCCCACUCUCCCCCGACCCCACCUCCCUCAAGCGAGGGGUGGUGCUGGGACCCCCCCCGGCACCUGCAGCUGGCCCCGGUGGGCUCUGCCCCGGUGCUGCCGGGAAGGAACUGCAGCGGCCGGUGAUGCUGCCAAACCCUCCGGUGCUCCUGCUGCCUGCCAGCGGGGGUCGGGCCAGGGGUCCCUGCUCCCCUCCCUCCUCCUGUGGCUUUCCUCAUGCUCCCUCCAUCACUCUAGCCCCCCCUUUAAUUUUUGCCUUCGUUUUUUUCUUCUUUUUUUGUCUUUUUUUUUCUUAUGGAAAAAAAUAUGAACCUUUUUUUGUUGGUUGGUCGGUUGUUUUCGUUUGUUUUCUCGAUGCAGUUACUUUGACAUCUCAACGUCAGCAGAUCGUUUUUAACAAAGAUUCGGAUAUAAAAAUACAAAUAUGA